AUGCAUUUGGUGCAAUAUUUCAAUCCAAAAACUUGUAGCAUCGAAUUUAGGAGGGGCCUAAUUGUUCAUAUUACUGAAGAAGAUGUUGCAAGAGUUUUAGGGAUGCCAAUAGGGGACACACUCGUGCCUACGGAAUGCCUUGAAUUACACAGAACAAAAAUUGAAGAGGACUUUAAGGGAGGUUUUAAGGGGAUUGAAAUCGUGAAAUUGGAAAAUGUGAUUAAGGAAGGCGAUACUGAUGGGAAGUUUCAUAGGGCUUACAUGCUAUUUACAUUAGGAUGCUUGCUGUGCCCCACCACAAAGGAAGUUGCGGGGAAUAGAUUGUUCCCUGGGUUGAUUGCCGACGACCUUGAAACCUUAAAGACUUAUAAGUGGCCGACCUUUGUGUUGGAUUGGUUGGUGAACGAGAUUCGAAAUUAUAAGGUUCGGGUAACCAAAGGUCGUGGACGGAAGGCAGAAGGAGUUGGUGGAAGUCUGUUCCUUUUGAUGGUCAUAUAUUUUGACUUACAUCCGUUGGAUGUUGAAAUUGGGAAGGAACCUGAGCCUUCUAUUGGCUUAUGGACAAAAGAAUUGAUCGAUAUUCGCAUUUCCAAAGAGGCAGAGGACAAGCCAUUUGAGGAUUCUUUUUUUUCUCAGUUCCCUCCCCAUAAUUUGAAAAAUCAGAUCUGCAUUGAUAUGUACAAAGAUUUCAUGCAUCAAUUUAUGAAUAACUUAAAAAGGUUGCAUGAAAUGGAUGCUGCUAUAGGCGAGCCUGUCGUUGGAAGCCCUGUUCUUCGAAGCCCUCAAGAUGGUCCACGGGCACAACCUGUAGAAGAUGAAGGCCAUUCGCCACAAUUUAGUGGAAAUUUUGAACUACAUGAAUAUGAGGACCAGGGGGAGUGGGAGGAGGAGGAGCAGGGGGAUCAGAUUCAUAAGGGGGAUGAGGGGGAUCAUAUUAAGAAGCAGGGGGAUCAGAUUCAUAAGGGGGAGGAGGGGGAUCAUAUUAAGGAGAAGGGGGAUGAGAUUGAGGAGGAAGGGGAGGUGGGGGGGGACAUCCAAAAUCAUGGAUGGGUCGGCGUCCCGCAAGCGAAAGCAAAAAGCGGUGGUGAUCUCAACUGA